AAAGUUUUUGGUCUUUCACAUGUUAUUAUUAGACAAAGGACAAAGAGGUUAAAAGUAUCUUGAAGACAGUGCUUGUCUUCUUCUUCUUCUUCUCCUUCUGCUACUUUUUCUCUUUCCUCCUUGUGCCUUUUCACAAAGGGAACAAGGUCAGAAAGCCCAGAAGUUUGCUUUGCCUGAUAAUGCAUUGAUUUUCUGAUGAUGGGUUUUGCUUCUUUUAGUGAUGUGUGGACACUGAUGAAGGAAGGGAUUUAAUAUUGGUUUUUUUUUUUUGGUUGUGGGGUUUAAGUAUUUUAUUCUGAGUUGACUGAGUUCAAAGUAUGAAGCAGAAGGGUGUCAAGGAUUCCAAGGAUAAGGGAAAUGGUAAUGGUUUUGAUGAGUGUGGAAAAAUGGUGGUGGUUGCUGUUAAAGCAUCUAAGGAGAUUUCAAAGGCUGGUCUAGUUUGGGCUUUGACUCAUGUUGUGCAGCCUGGUGAUUGCCUUAAGCUGCUGGUUGUUACUCCUUCUUAUAGCUCAAGUAAGAGGAUAUGGGAUAUAUCAAGAUUCAUAGGUGAUUGCACCAAUAGUCACAAAUCUUUCUCAGGAAACACUACAGAGGAAAAGAAUGACAUAGUAGAUUCAUGCUCUAAGAUGGUGAUUCAACUCCAUGAUGUUUAUGAUUCAGAAAAGGUAAAGAUUAGGAUAAAAAUUGUCUCGAGUUCGUUAUCUGGUGCAGUUGCAGUUGAAGCCAAGAGAAUUCACUCAACUUGGGUUAUUUUGGAUAAACAAUUGAAAUGUGAGAAGAAAUUCUGCUUGGAAGAGCUUCAGUGUAACAUUGUAGUGAUGAAGCGAUCUGGAGCAGAGAUUCUUCGUCUGAGCUUUGCCAAUUCUCCAAAAAUGGAACCUGAUACGAGCUGCUCUUUAUCACCCGAAUUAGAAGCUUCUCCAGAUCACUUGAACAACAAACUUGAAAUGUCUAGAGGGCCGACUGUAACUCCUGCUACUAGUCCAGAAGAAGAGUCACCUCUAACUAGAACUGAUGUUGGCACAACAUCAAUAUCAAGCUCUUCAGAUCCAGAGGCUUCUCCAUUUCUGCCUUAUGGAAUCCGCGGGAUCCUUAAGAAGGAGUUUCCAUUUAUUCGUGAAAAGAAUAAAAACCGGACUGAAUUUGAUUCUGAGACAAACAAUGAAAAGCAAUGUUCUGAUUUCACAACUUCAUAUUACCAGCCAUGGUUGACAAAUUUCAUCAGUGCUAGUGGUGAAUUGUCGAAACCUUUGAUAGAAGGUUCAGAAAGAUUUUAUGACAAGUCUUUGAUGUCCACUUAUGGAGCAUUGCUGGAGAAUUUGUCUAAAUUGGAAAAAGAGCCUGAUAUAGGGAUGCUUAAUUACAAGCUUGAUUUGAACUUGAGCAGAAGUGUGAGAGAAGCAAUUUCGUUGUGUAGAAGCGCGCCUCCUGGUCCUCCUCCUUUGUGCUCUAUAUGUCAGCACAAGGGACCUGUGUUUGGAAACCCUCCUAGAUGGUUCACUUAUAACGAACUAGAACUUGCCACGGGUGGAUUUUCACAAGCGAAUUUCUUGGCUGAAGGUGGAUUUGGUUCUGUAUAUAGAGGUGUUUUGCCAGAUGGGCAGGUAGUUGCAGUUAAACAACAUAAAUUAGCUAGCUCUCAAGGUGACAUAGAGUUUUGCUCUGAAGUCGAGGUCUUAAGUUGUGCACAACAUCGCAAUGUCGUGAUGCUUAUUGGGCUUUGUGUGGAAAAUGGAAGAAGGAUGCUAGUUUAUGAGUAUAUUUGCAAUGGAUCUUUGGAUUCUCAUCUUUAUGGACAAGAUCAAAAUCCCUUGGAGUGGUCUGCAAGAAAGAAGAUUGCAGUUGGAGCAGCCCGAGGGUUGAGAUACCUACACGAAGAGUGUAGAGUGGGCUGCAUUGUUCAUCGCGACAUGAGACCUAACAAUAUCCUUCUCACCCAUGAUUUUGAACCAUUAGUUGGAGAUUUCGGACUAGCAAGGUGGCAACCAGAUGGAGGCAAAGGGGUCGAAACCAGAGUAAUUGGGACAUUUGGAUACUUGGCUCCAGAAUAUGCUCAAAGUGGACAAAUCACAGAAAAGGCUGAUGUGUAUUCCUUUGGGGUUGUACUGGUUGAGCUUGUGACAGGAAGGAAAGCUGUGGACAUUAACCGGCCUAAAGGCCAGCAAUGCCUUACUGAAUGGGCAAGGCCCUUACUAGAAAAACUUUCAGUUGAUGUACUUGUAGACCCGCGCCUAACCAACAAUUACUCGAAAGAAGAGGUUUGCAACGUGCUGCAAUGUGCCUCCUUAUGCAUCAGAAGAGACCCUCAUUGCAGGCCUCGGAUGUCUCAGGUCCUUCGGAUUUUGGAAGGUGACACUGAUGUGAAUUAUUCUAUGAUCAACUGUGAGUAAAUAUUACUAUUACUAUCAUUAUUGUAAUUGAAAAAAUGAAGUCAAGAUACUAGAAGAACAGUGAAUAUGGCAGCUCAAGUGGAGAACUAUUCAGAAGUAAAGAGAGAACAUUUUCUUGAAACAGCCCAGGUGAUGAAUAAAUUAUUGACUUGGGUGAUGAAGGAAACAUGUUUGGGAAGAAUAAUGUGAAUGUAAAGGAGUUGGUCUAUUAUUCACUAUUGAUGUAAGUAGUGGGAGCCAUUUAAUCAUUGAAGCUUUAGUGUUGCAAUUCAAUGUUAAAGGCUCUUCAAAUUUUGUAUGUUUCAGCAAUAUAUUUUUGUAAAUUCUGUGUCUUCUGUUAUUAUUAUUAUUAUUUUU